AUGCGGGCCGAGAAGGGCGGGCUCUCAAAAGUCUACCAAGGCGUCUGUGCAGGGGAGGAGGCGGCUUUCAAAACGGUUACGACUGAAGGCAAGGGGGCCUCGACUGACAUCGCCUGCCUCAUCAGCGAGCGCCAGCGGCUGGAAGAUCUCGCGAAGCUGGCGGGCGGCGGCGCGAACAUCCGGGAGAGGGGCUUCCUGCCGCUGUACCACGCCAGCACCAACACACAGCAGCCUGCAACCCUUGUCGAGGGAGAGGGAGACGAGGCGACCAAGAGGCCGAUCAUCGUCCUGGUCACACCCUGGGUGUCCAGCGGCGAUGAUUCAGGCAAGUACGAGUUCAUCGAGAUAAUGGCCGCCAUAUCAAAAUACAACUUCCGCAAGAUCUCGCAGAAGCACACGGCACCCCUGUCGGCCCCAGCAGACGCCCAGGCCAAAGAGGAGGUGCUGAUUGGCAUUCGAGCUAUCUGUCUAUUCAUUCACGCCCACAUCACCGCCUCCAACGCCCUCCUCUACGCCCUGGACAACAUGGCGAGUGAUGUGUUCCUCAAGUGGAGUGCAUUGCUCGACAGGGGUGUUUUUCUGUCAUGCUGCCCGUGGCCAUCGACCAGCCUUCCCCACCACCCACCCUUUUUCGGUCGCUGCCCUGGGAUGGUGAUGAUAGAUCCCGCCAAUGCACUGCGAGCAGAAGAGCCACCUAAGGGAGAAGGGGGUUGAGGCUUUGCAAGAGUACCCACUGACCAUGGGGAGCAGGAGAAGCGGCUGCAGGUCGUCGGCCUGACGCCACACGCCGCACCUCCUGAGACCGCAGUGCUGAGAUGGGUGGCCAUCUGCGGGGCCACCGAGACACGAGGGGCAGAGAAGGAGGAGGUCAGGUCAAUGGUGAACGAGAUGAAGACGGCCAUGAAGAAACGUGGCACGAUGACUGAGGAGGGAGAGGCCGUUUUCAUCAGCCGCAAGGCCGUCAGCUGGGGAGUCGGCCAGAUCCUCCGCCACUUUGUCUCUGGGGAUUCGCACCCCAUGGCGAGCAUGGUCAUCCACCAGCUGGACGCGGCUCUCAAGCAGGCAAGAAGGGAAGGGAGGCCGGCCGAGGAGGCGCAGGAGCUGGAGAAGAAAAUGAAGCGCGAGAAGCUCAUUUGCGAUCUCAAGGACUGCCUCGAGUGGGAGAGCUUCUUGCCGAAGCUCUUCGACAACGGGCUUGGCAGGAGCUUUCGCAAGAGCGUCAAGCUGCUGCACGAAAGAGGGGAGACGGAGAUGGAGUGGUCGAGAGAAAUCGCCGAAGACAUCAGCCGGCUGGCCUAUGCAGCCCUCCAGGAAGAUCCAGAGAAACGCCCGGGGCUAGAAGCAAUUUUGAGGACCAUACUGGAGGUCGAGCGGAGGCUGAGCGAUGAGGCCAAGCAGCCGACGGGCAGCAGUGAGAGUGGCAUUAGCGGCAGAGUGCCAUCAAGCGGCAUUGGCCAGACGGGAUCGUUGCCCUCGUGUCUCGAGAUGCCCUCGUGCGCUUCCAAGCCCCCUCCCCCGGUCACAGAGAUGAUGCGUGAGGCCAUGAUGGCUGCCGAGAGUGAUGAGGUCACUCUGCAACAGCAGCAGCAGCAGCAGCAGCAGCAAUACCAGCAAGAAGCAGCUGCCAACAACGCAAGGGCCAGGUGGAAUAUUGGGUGUUUCCUUAAGCGACUGUGGUCGAGGAGGGUCCAGCCCGCUGCUGAGUACAGCGACGUGGCGGAUGAGGAGAAUUGGUCGUUAGUUGAGACACAGGAGGCGGAGGACUGGAUGGAGCAUGAGCGGCGAAGAGAAGCGGAGGAGUGGCAGUGGGUGGUGUUUGAGGCGGCCAUGGAGGGUGGGGUCUGA